GAGUUUGAUGAUGCUUUCGGCUUUUCCAUCUUUUCAUCAGUAAUUUAAAUUUUACCAUGUGACAAACUAACCUGGAAUUUCCAAGGUAUAUGAUGUUGAAUCCUUAUAGUUUCAUUUACCAAUAAUUCCGUUUUUCAUAUUUUUGAGCAGUUGAUUGAUGGGGGAUGAACAUGAAGCAACUGAUCCUCUCUCCACUCGGAUAGAUGAAAAACUUUCAUCAUUUUCAACAGUCUCAUCACCAAUGUGUUUCAAAGUACCUAAUCUACUACGCAAGACAAAUGAAAAGGCUUACGAACCUCAAAUAAUCUCAAUCGGGCCUUAUCAUCAUGGAAAAGAACAUUUGGAAGGCAUGGAAGCGCACAAAAUGCAUUGUCUAAAAGGGCUCCUUCAAAGAAGAAAGGAGACUAGUGUGCAUAGAUAUGUGAUGGCUUUGAAAGGUAUGGAAGAUGAGAUUCGCAAAUGCUAUGCAGAACCAUCGGCUCAUGGAGAUGCACUUGUGGAAAUGAUGCUCCUUGAUGGCUGCUUCAUCAUUGAGCUAAUUUGUGGGAAUCUAACUUGGACGCGGAAAAUUGAUGAACAACGAGAAAAGAAUGUUGAUUUUCGAAACUUCAACUGGGUAAAGUUAAAGCGUGAUUUAUUACUGGUGGAAAAUCAGCUGCCUUUCUCUGUACUAUUGAAGCUGUUUCAUAUGACUGGGGAGCCUAAUCAACAGAACGUUCAGAACUUCAUUCGUAUGGCUCUACGUUUCUUCUGUACACUGAUGCCAGGCAAUGGAAAAGGAAUUGAACCUUUUUGGGUAAUCUCUGACCCAAACAUCGAGAAUCUACUUGGCUUAGUGCAUGAUAGCUGGGGUCCUUCGCCUGAAGCAAGAGAUAAUUGCAGCAAAAAUUCAGCACAGUAUGGUGUAUGGAAGUUUAUACGUAAUGCAACAGAGCUCAAAGAAGCAGGAAUCAAAUUCAAGAAGAAGGAUAAUGGGAAGAGCAUCUUUGAUAUUCAGUUUGAGAACGGUGUACUGUGGAUACCAACCAUAGGAAUGUAUGAUCAAACAGAUUCCAUCCUUCGUAAUUUUAUUGCCCACGAACAAUGCCACAACAACUACCCAAGGUAUGUCACUGAUUAUGUCACAUUCAUGGAUUGCUUGAUUAACACCAGGAAGGAUGUUGAGUUACUCCGUCACUCUGGAAUUAUUGUCAAUGGAUUAGGUGAUGAUGAGGUUGUUGCCACCAUAUUCAACAGGCUAUGCGACUCAGUCGUGUUUUCCAACAGGAACUUCUAUUCGGAGAUAUUUAUCAAUGUGGAGAAAUAUUGUGGUAGAAAGUGGAAUUUAUGGAUGGCAAACUUAAGGCACAAUUAUUUCAACACUCCAUGGGCAUUGAUUUCGUUCCUUGCUGCUGUUUCCUUGCUCACACUUACAGCUGUACAGUACAAGCCAUAUAUUCGCUUCUUUCUUAUUAUAAACACUAAGUAAUGCCAAGUUGUUUCCUUAGAGCUUGAAAUAAGUGAAGCUAAAAGCUCACAUGAAAAUGUAGUCAUUUGAGUAUCUGACUACUUGUAAUGUAGUUUGUAUGCAGAUUACUAAAAACCUUGCCAGGGUUGUAUAUGUGUAUCACUUAUCAUAUAAGCAAGUGCUCUCAGUGCCAACAAAGCACGCUUUCCUUC